AGUAGGCCCAGCAACGACAACUUCCUGCGAAAUAGUGCUCCCUAACAACAGACAAAGCUUGACACAGUGGAUUCACCUGAAGGCGCUUUAAAUAAAAGCGUUUCUCGGUCACUCCUUCAAUGGGUCCGGACGCGCUCUCCAGGUACAGAGAGUAGGCUGUGCGCGCAGACAUGUCGGGUCGCUCUGCUGCAGAGAUGGAUGACUCGCAGGAGCUGCCUGAGCUGCCGACAAAGAAGGCCAAGCUUGAGAUAGACGGUGGACUGGAGAAAGAAUCAAGUAAUUUAGGUGACGAUGGGAGUCCAGCUGCUGUGUUAGGUUCAUCAGAGCAGGAAAGCUCUUACUCUGCCCUCUCCACAGCCCAACUUGAUCCAGGUGAUCAGGAGCAGUCGGACGCAGACAGAAGGGCAGCAUCUCAAGUGUGCGGUGACUCCAUGAACUCGUAUGGACAUUCUGCCACAGACACAACAGCCACAUCCGAAUACACCCAACAGGUGUAUCAAGGAAACAACCCAGCAGUGACGUCGUACACCAGCCAGGUGGCCUUUCCUCCUCUGGCCCAGUCCACUGUGUACUCGGCCUUCCCUCAGACAGGCCAGACCUACGGCCUCCCGCCCUUUGGUGCUAUGUGGCCAGGCAUUAAAACAGAGACAGGGCUGCCUGAGGCUCCCUCUGGUGGCCAGCCUGGGUUUCUCAGCUUCAGCACCGCAUAUACCUCAAACCAGCCAGGCCAUCUGCACUACUCAUACCCCAGCCAAGGCUCCAGCUUCACAACAUCCAGUGUGUACUCCAGCAUCCCUUCAGCUACAGCCGCCACCACAACCUCCACCACAGUGGCCCACCAGGAAUUUAGCAGCUACAACUCUCUGGGCCAGAGUCAGUUCUCUCAGUACUACAGUCUGCCUCCCAGCUACGUGCCUGCCGGGCUGCCCAGCAGCGACGACCACAGUGCCGGUGUGGGAGUGGCUGGAUAUUCAGCUGUGAAGUCGGAGCAGGCCGCCUCAGCUGGACUGCCCCCCAGAGAUGCGUCCCCACCGGAGAACCUCCCAGCAGGUGCGGCCCUUCCUACCAGUGUGGUCCUCCCCACUGGAGCCAGAGAUCAGGAUGAGGUUGGACGUAGGAACUCUGUUGGCAAAGCCAAAGGGAAGGCCAAGAAGUCCGAUAACUCCCCGCCUGCUGAGAGUGACCUGGAGCGUAUUUUUCUGUGGGAUCUGGAUGAGACCAUCAUUAUAUUCCACUCACUGCUCACCGGCUCCUACGCACAGAAGUUUGGCAAGGACCCAGCGACAGUGCUGAACUUGGGCUUGCAGAUGGAGGAGCUGAUCUUUGAGCUAGCAGACACUCACCUUUUCUUCAAUGACCUGGAGGAAUGUGAUCAGGUCCAUGUUGAGGAUGUUGCCUCUGACGACAAUGGACAAGAACUGAGUAACUACAACUUCUUGGCGGAUGGCUUUAAUGGUCCCAGUGGUGGAGGGGCAUCAGGAACCACAACGGGAGUCCAGGGAGGAGUGGAGUGGAUGCGGAAACUGGCCUUUCGCUACCGCCGGCUAAAAGAGAUCUACAAUAGCUACAAAGGGAAUGUUGGAGGCCUGUUGAGUCCUAUGAAGAGGGAGCUGCUUCUACGGCUUCAGUCUGAGAUCGAGAACGUCACGGACGCAUGGCUCAGCACAGCGCUCAAGUCUCUGCUGCUCAUCCAGUCCAGGGGGAAAUGUAUGAAUGUGUUGGUCACCACCACUCAGCUGGUUCCAGCUCUGGCUAAAGUGCUGCUGUACGGCCUGGGAGACGUUUUCCCCAUCGAGAACAUCUACAGUGCCACAAAAAUAGGGAAAGAAAGUUGCUUCGAGAGGAUCGUCUCUCGCUUUGGGAAGAAAGUGACUUACGUGGUUAUAGGUGACGGUCGAGACGAGGAGUUUGCAGCAAAACAGCACAAUAUGCCUUUCUGGCGGAUCUCCACUCACGGUGACCUCGUGUCCCUCCACCAAGCGCUGGAACUGGACUUCUUGUAAAGGAGGCGGCGUUGAUUGUCGCACACUAAAAGGGAAAAAUGUAGUCGUCGUCCUGUUGGUUUGUGGAGUGACAUUGCGUGAGAAAAAAAUAUCCUCCACGAACCCCCCCCAAACGACACGCGCUCGCAUAUUAGAAACACCAAUCUGCCCUCACUGACGACUAGAGACUCACUGUGUGAUGGUAAUGUACUGAGGCGGACUUUGGGUCGGAGCUGACUGUGAGAAACAGACUGGAUGCAUCAUUCGGCUGAAUUAAGGUUCCUCACACCCAGCACUCCCUCCUCUACGGCAGCUAACCUCACCACGGCUGAAACUGGCACUGAUUAGGACACAGAAGGGAAGACAUCCAUAUUUCUUUUUCCUCUUUGACCUUUUAUCUCAUUUUCUUUAUUUUAGGAACAGAAACAAUCCCUCUACUUUUUAUUUCUCUCUCUGAACAACCAAAGGGCCAUUGUUGUUUAUUGGCGCUCUUUUUUUUUUUUUUGCUAUGGCUUUUUAUUUAGGUUCUGUUGUAAAUGACAGAAUAUCAAAGCUAAUUUGUUUUAAAAGAAUCUAUUUUCUGGGUUGUUUUGCACUCAUUCAAAGACUUGAAAGCAUCAUUUGGCAGUAUGAAAUAAUCCCAUUCUAAUUUUUUUAAUUUCCCUCCCAUGUAGCCAUUCAACUAUUUAUCAGAAGGUACUAGAUGUGGUUAAAAAAAAGAUGUGUACCUCGGUCAUGACCUCCUCUCCUCUCCUGACCUGACCAACCCACACCAUCAGUCAGCUGUCUUAACCUCUCCACUGUGUGUGUGUGUGUGUGUGUGUGUGUGUGUGUGUGUGUGUGUGUGUGUGUGUGUGUGUGUGUGUGUGUGUGUGUGUGUGUGUGUGUGUGUGUGUGUGUGUGUGUGUGUGUGUGUGUGGUCAGUAACUAUGUGCUGAGAGUCAGAGGUUCCAGUCAAACUUAUGACAGACCUGGACCGGCCUUUCUAUAUGACUCAGUGAAGAUCGUACGCGGAGCUGGACACACUGAACAUCAACUUCAGAAAUGACGAUGAGAGUUUUGUAGUAGAGUUGCACUUCACUGUCCCAAAUCCAUACGAUACUCUGUCAUAGUAUAAUGUUUUAGCAGUUGGUAUACAAAAAAAAUAUAAACGUACUAAACUGCUUUAUACUAACAAGAGCGAAGGUCAAAGAAAGUUGAACACAAAUAGAUAAAUUCUUUUAAAUCUUAAUAAAAUAUUUGUUGUUUGUUCUCUGGAGCUGUUUCACCAACAAUCUCAGUUUAUCUUGAUUUAUUUCUUUCAAGCUGUGAGUCGGUUCCUUCAUUUCAAGGAUAGUUUCAAUCAGCGUAACACAAAUUCAGAAAUUGAGCAUGUUUAGUCUGCGUACUGUGGUUGAUGCUAUUUACUAAAAACCUGCUCAGGAUUAGUAUGUAAUACGGAUUUGGGUCCUUGGGGCUCGUAUCUCCAAAUGUGGUGAAUUUGAAGGAAGGAAUCCCUUAUGGGUUGAGAAAAAGCUCCUACUCUAGGCUCCAUAAACCAUUUAAACCUGUUGAUUAGACAGACUUCAGAUUAAAAAAUAGGGCUGUUUUAGGGCUAGCAGCUGUUUAACUCCUGCUGUGCACUCAACUCCUAAUAUUUGCGUAACAGCAGUGGACAGAAACACACAUUCAUUCGCAUUUACUUUUGCCAAUUUUCUGUAAAUUUGGUUAACAUUGGCGUUACGUUUGAAUGGAAACCCGACUGCAGAUAAGAGCUCAGGAUACAGGAUGGAAACCUAACUAGUGCUGAUCGGUUGUGGCAGGAAGGGUUAGUCUAAGCCGCUGUACCCUCCCAGUGUGAACUAAACACUGAAGGUCCAACAGCAGCGAGCUCUGGUUCACCUGCAGGAUGUCAGUCCUGGUUGUGUUGCUCCUGUGUAGGAGGGCCGCUCUGUCCCCAGGGGGCCUAUUGUCCCAUAAUCCAUCCACGCUCACACCUCUCAGCCUCUGACUCAGCUGAUACAUUGUCAGCAGGAUCACAGUUCACUCAAGAGGUUUCAUUUUGAAAGUUUCCUGAGUUGUAGCAUCUCAUCACAUUAUUCACAAACAACGCUUUGAAUUGUGGGAGGACAAUAUACCAGGACAAAGACGAUAAUAUGGUGGUGUAGAAUUACCUUUUGUUAUUUCUACAUGUUGCUACACAAUCAGAAUAGUUUUUCUUUUUUUUUUUUUAAAUGUGACUGACUGACAAAAAGGUCAUUUACCAAAAAGUAAAUUACAGACAUUAUUCAACAUGUUGAAUCUGAUAGAACUGACAUUCAUUGUAUUAGUGACCUAAAACUAGAGCUGCAACUAACAAUUAUUAUUACUGCUUAAUAUGCAGAAUAUUGAUUAUUCCAUUAGAUAACGUCUUUAACUUAUGUCUGAUCAAAACUCCAAAACCCAAAGAUAUUCAAUUUACCAUCAUAGAGGAAUAAUAAUAUUCUCAUCAGUAUAAGUGAUUUCUUUUUUACUUUUGCUUAAAAGAAUAACUAAAACAAUUGUCAAAACUGAUUAAUCAGUGAAUUAACUAACAGCCUCAGCUUUUAUUAAAACCCUGGGGAAUAUUAGUUAUGUCAGACAACUGCAGUCCCACAAUUACUUCAUCGCUCAGCCACAUGACAACCUGGUUGGAUGAUGACGGUGCAAUACGUUUCUACUUUGCUCAUUAACUGUCUUUAAGGGAUUUUUUUUUUUCAUCUGUAGGCGGCAAGAGAAACAGGAAGUGGAGGGGAGGGGAGGGGAGGGGGGGUGGGGUUCGACUUCCUCCUGGUCUGUUACGAGAUUACGACUGAACAAUACUGAGCCUGAAGAAGAUUUCUUAUUUACACACAAGCAGCUUUGACCGUUAAGAAUGUGUAUUUCUGUGUAAUUUGUUUGUGUGUCUCGAGUGACUGUGCAUAUUUAUAUUGUGCCUUUAACCAUCAUCUGUAUGCAUAAUCUCAAAGGGAAAUAUGUAAGAUUUUUGUUUGAUACAUUUAUCACUGCAUUGUUAUAUUAUCCAAAGUGUUAACUUACUUUUUUUUUUAAGUGCCGUCGAGACUUUUAUUGUUUUGUUACUAGACUAUUUUUGAUUUGAUUGUCCUGUCUGCACUGUAUUUGAAAGGUCUCCUAGAAAACCAUAUAUAUCCUUUUUGGGAGAAAAUGUUCAUGUAAAUUGCUCCGUGUUUUUUUUUUUUUUUUUUUUUAAAAAGGGCUUAAGAUGGCUAACAGUUGCUUUGCUAUGAGAUAAAUUUUCAAACUGUAGAUAUCUCAAAUGGGAGUGACGAUACAUUCAGUCUCAUUUUCAACAUUCACGUCUGGUUUGUGUUAAGAUUCUUUUUUGCUUCCUUUUGAAAAGGAGAUUGCAUUUAUUCUGUUGCUGUGAAAAGCUUCGUAUCGCUUAGAGACAAUCACAAUCUACAACACAUAGUAUUUUUAAUGCAGAUCGGAUUACUCAAGUGAAAGGGAUGUUUAACAAAGUGUCGCUUUUGAUUGUUCGAGAAAUGAGCGAAUCUCAGUCCCGACACACGUUAGAGAAAAUAGAGAGACUGUAUGCAAUCUUUCUGCUUAUUGAAUGUGUUUUCUGUUUAUUUCUCUCUCUGUCUGCAUGUCAUAUUUGUUUUGUAGUUUUUAAGUAUACCAUGGCUGUCGAAAAAAAAAAAAAAAAAGGCCAUGCAAUGUUUAAGGGGCUAUAUUCUUCUACGUGUCCUCUUUUUCUUUCCAAUGCCAAAUACUGUUGUUUUAGAUGCUGUUAUUUUUUUGUAUUUCAUCUCAUUUUCAAGGACCUGUGAGGCCACAUAGGGUCAUGUAGAAAGUCUGAAUGUGAUCCUAUAAACUGAACACAUCAUAAUCGAUGCUAAUUUAAUUACAGUAAUCACUAUUUUCCCCACAGUAGCUGUCUGGGACCUCGACACAGCCCUGUAAGGUUUCCCUGUGUACCUAAGACUCAAUACAGUGUAAAUAAAUUUAAAAAGAAGUUUCAAA